CGCUCCGUCCAUGUGUACAACUGCCAGGUGUGACGUCAGUCGGCGGUAUGACUCAUCGCGGAAACUGUUGACGUCGCGAAGCAAGAUUGAGACCGACUGAUUUUCACUGCUUUCUUCUUUCUACCCCUACCACAAAGAGGUGUUUGAUUCCAGAGCCUCAAUGUCUGGCGCAGCUCAAGUUCAGUUAUCUCCCAGUAUGUUCGAAUUUAGCGAAGGAAGGAGGCAACGUCUUCAUCUGACGCUCAAUCGUAAUUUCUGUUGUAACGGUUACCGACCGUCGUCUCCCGUUCACAAGAAGUGUAGAAUGGACACGGAACAAUGCAACAACAAUAGAAACUGGAUAAAACAAGUGCGUUUAGUGAACUCUUCCGAAUUAUCCGACCGAUUAAGAAACUUUAGAAAAUCAGUCGUACUCAUCGAUUGUCGUUCGUUUUUGUGUUAUAACUCCAAUCACAUUUUGGGUUCUAUUAACCUUAAUUCCACUGACAGAAUUAACAGGAGGCGAUUACAACAAUGUAAAUUACCUUUGUGGGAUUUCGUUACGUCAAAUGAAGGAAAGGAAGUGUUGAAAAACUGUUGCGGAAAGGAAAUAAUUGUUUACGACGAUAACACGACGGACUUAGAUAAAUUACUCUCAACUAAUUCAAUUUCUCUAUUAGUCAAUGCGUUCUACAAUCAAGGUUAUAACGUAUCCAUCUUAAAAGGUGGCUGGCGUGAAUUUUAUAACUGUAACCGAGAUCUAUGCUUUCAAUCCGAUGAUAUAUCUCCUUCUACGGUACCAUCUCCUAGCUGCGAUAACGCCGUAGAGACUAUCCACGCUUGUCCAAUUCUGCCAUUCCUCUACUUAGGCAACGAGAAGGAUGCUGCAGAUUUGACGACGUUAAAACGCUUAGGGAUAACUUAUGUGCUAAACGUAACGGCGGAUCUCCCCGAUCAUCAGUCGGCGGAUGGAAUCAAAUUUAAACGAUUACCCGCUUCCGAUAACAACAAUCAAAAUUUAAAACAAUACUUUCAGGCAGCAUUUGAAUUUAUAGACGAAGCCAGAAUGAAAAACUGCAAUGUUUUAGUGCAUUGUCAAGCAGGCAUUUCUCGUUCGGCUACAAUUAUCAUCGGUUAUUUGAUGCAUCAUAAACUCAUGAAUUUGAUCGACGCUUAUCGAUUAGUAAAGAGAAAAAGACCUAUCAUAUCACCUAAUUUAAAUUUCAUGGGACAAUUAUUCGAAUUAGAACAAUCGUUAAAAAGAUCUCCGAACGAAUGCGACAAACCAAGAGCCUGUUGAAUUUUUUAGUGAAUACAGCACGGCUUAGUUUUAUUAUUAUUAUUAUUUUUUUUUCUCAGGACUUUUUCAUACACCUCCAUCAUCGCUGACUAGUCUAUUAUCUCACGAUCU